AUGAGUGAGGCAAGAUUAGAAGAAUUAAGAAUGAAAACAAUUUCUCAAAUUAACCGACCAUAUUACAUGGAAGGGAAUGUGACACUUUUUGAUAAAAAAUGGAAAAAACGAUAUUUAAUUUGGAAAGGAAUGGUAUUAUAUUUUUAUGAUAAAAAAGGAAGUAAAGACAUUACAAAAGAAGUAUAUGAAUUAAGUAAAGAUACAACAUGGAAUAUUGAAUUUGAUAAUAAAGAAAAGAAAAAUAUUAUUAAGUUAAAAGGGAAAAGUGAAGUAAUAAUAUUAGUAGAUGAAACAAUAACAUUACUUGAAAAUGGAUAUAAUCAAUUCAAACAAGAUAUUGAAACAGAAAGAAAACGAAUUGAAAUAGAACAAAGCAAAAUGAAAGAACCAAUUUUAUUAAAUUGGGAAGAAGUUGAAAAAAGAAUAAAUAUAAAAGAAGGGAAAUGGAAUAGUAAAGAAGUACAAACACUUUUAAAAGAACUUGGACAACUAACUACUGAAAAAUAUUUAUAUGAUAUUUUGUGUAAAAUUCUUAAUGGAUGGAAUGAACAAGAAUUUAUUGAUUUUUUUUAUAAAGAAUAUUGUGAAGAAGACCUUGAAGAUAUGGGAUCUUUUCUAGCUGGUUCUAAUAAAGAUAAUACAACUAUUCAAUUUGUAUUUGGAAAUGAUGAAAAAGGAGCACAUUUUAUUGCAAAUAUUUAUAAAAAAAUUUAUAAACAAUAUGAACUUGUUUGGAGUGAAAUUGCAAGAUGUUUAUUAGUUUCAUUAGCUUCAUGGAAAUUAACAUCUAAAGAUAAAAUGUUUCAAAUAAUUACAUUAGAUUUAUUUAAUCUUUUUGAAACAGCAGAAAUAGUUACAUUUCUACAUUUUUAUGCAGAUUAUGAAGAAGAAUUAAAUAUUUGUUUAUGGUGUUCAUUACCAGAACAUAUUCAAUUUUAUUUAAAAGAAAUCACUAAUGGAUGGAAAAAAGACCAAAUUAAUUCUAUGAUUUCUAUGAUCACAUUAAUGUGGUCUUGGAAGUCUGAUGAUGUUGAACAUUUAAAACAUAUUUUAAUUUAA